CGUCCCCAAGUAUCACGCAUGCGCACAGUGCACAGAAGGCCUUGCAAAUACCGGGUGCAGGUUAAAAACGAGAAGGAAUUUGUUGCUGGGAAUCUCAAAAACGACACGCCAGUUUUGCUGUCACUGUCUAGAUAUUUAAGAAGUGGAGCAAGGGAUUCACUCGAUCAUCCUUCCUGCUCAGACUGUGGAAUGGAUUCACUCGGUCAACUGACCAACCGGCAUACCCGUCAUUUUACACAAGAGAAAGGCCGUUCACUUUCUCAGACAGUGGGAAUGGAUUCACUCGGUCAUCUUAACUGAAGGUACAUCAGCAAGAUCACACUGGGCAAGGCCACUCACCUGUUCUGUGUGUGAGAAGUGGUUCACUCAGUUUUCCCACCUGUGGACACACCAGUCAUUUCACACCAGGCAGAGGCUGGUCAUCUGCUGAAUUUCUGGGAAAGGAUUCACUCAGUCAUCCGACGUAAUGGCUCACCAGCGAGUUCACACCAGGGAGCGGCCGUACAACUGCUCAGUCUGGGGGAAGAGAUUCACUCACUUGUGCAACCUACAGAAUCAUCAGCGAGUUCACACUAGGGAGAAGCCAUUCACCUGCUCAGACUGUGGGAAGGGAUUUACUCAGUCAUCCAGCCUACUGAGUCAUCAGCGAAUUCACACUGGGGAGAGGCCCUUCACCUGCUCAGAAUGUGGGAAGGGGUUCAGUCAGUCAUCCCAACUACAGAGUCAUCUGCGAUUUCACACUGGGGAGAGGCCGUUCACCUGCUCAGAAUGCGGGAAGGGAUUCAGUCAGUCAUCCCACCUGCAGAGACAUCAGCGAGGUCACACUGGGGACAAGCCGUUCACCUGCGCAGUCUGUGGGAAGGGAUUCACUGAUUCAUCCACCCGGCAGAAACAUCAGCGAGUUCACACUGGGGAGAAGUCGUUCACCUGCUCAGAAUGUGGGAAGGGAUUCACGGAUUCAUCCUGCCUACUGGUACAUCAGCGAGUUCACACUGGGGAGAAGCCGUACACCUGCUCAGAAUGUGGGAAAGGAUUCACACAGUCAUCCCACCUGCAGAGACAUCAGCGAGUUCACACUGGAGAGAAGCCAUUCACCUGCUCAGACUGUGGGAAGAGAUUCACUCAAUCUUCCACCCUACAGGCACACCAGCGAGUACACACUGGGGAGAAGCCGUUCACUUGCUCAGUCUGUGGGAAACAAUUCACUCUGUCAUCUACCCUACUGGUACAUCAGCGAGUUCACACUGGGGAGAAGCCGUUCACUUGCUCAGUCUGUGGGAAACGAUUCACUCUAUCAUUCCAACUACUGAAACACCAGCGAGUUCACACAGGGGAAAGGCCGUUUGCCUGCUCAAAAUGUGGGAAGAGAUUUGCUGGAUCAUCCAACCUACAGAGACACCAGCGAGUUCACACUGGGGAGAAGCCGUUCACUUGCUCAGUCUGUGGAAAGGGAUUCACUCAAUCGUCCCAACUACUGGCACACCAGUCAGUUCACAAUGGGGAAUGGCCAUAGUUAUGAAUCCUCGGGUUUCGUUUGCUUUGGACUAUCAUUUUAAGAGAGAGAGAGAGAUUAAGAAGGCGAAUCAGUCUGGCUUGCAGCUUGUUUACAUCGCUCACGGCUUGUUUUGUUUUAACCAAGGACACAGACACUCAGAGUCAUUCGGAGACGAAGGAGGCAAAAUGGAAGGAUCGAAACAAGGGAACCAGUGGCCAAGGGUCACUGUUUGGAAUUUCCCUAUGCCCACAAGGGUGGGUUAAUUAUCGAUUCAGCGUACAUGAAAUGUGUGGUUGUUACCUUGUUUGAUCCAUAGGAGUGGAUCUGAUUUGGGGUACCCUGUGAAGACUGCUGAUGUGUUAACCCUUGCCUGGGUGUGGUGUGGUUAUUCACUUGAAGCAGAUACCCCUUCUGACAAGUCACCUUCGGUGAUAAAUUAUACGUGGGUUUGGAACGACGACAAAUAAAAUUUACAGCGACUGUUCUCUCGUUUUACAGCCAUGGAACCUGUGGAAUUCGACAUAAUUGCAUUCUCUCAACAUUUACCAUGGAUUACAAAUAUCUCUCUCAUCACCUAUUCUGUGGUUGAACUGAACUUUCAUACUUUGCCAUCUCAAGAUUCCAAGCCUUGUUUCCCCCGAGCUCAAUAGUUUGGGAGUUUUAUUUACACACAUAUAUACACAAAACACUGUUAACUUUUGUUUAUCUUGCUUAUGUUACUAUAUUACAAGUAGAUCCUAAUAAAGAUAGUUUUAACAUCAAAAACAGACUCCAGGUAUAGUCUAUUGCUGCUGGUUCAUUUCUAAAACGUUAUGAUUCGUAACAAAAUUGGGGCCUGCAUCCAGUAUAUGAACAGAUUUGGGGGUGUAUUCAUUAAUUAUCAAUUUCAUCCCUUUUAAUUUAUUUGUGUGUGGAAAAUCAGCAGCAAUGGAUGCUGACCAACCUCUGAGGCAUUAGAGGACGCCAGAAGGAUUGAGUUGUUGAGCCUUGCUAGAAGGUUAAAACUUGCUAAGGUGAAAUUGACAAUGAGGAGGGCACAGAUGCAGAGGAUAACAGCUGAUCAUUAUGUAUCUGCGGGUGUGUUUAAAGUGGAGGAGUUGGAGGUGUUUCCUGAAAGUAAACCUCGUGAGCUUGAGCUCCAGUACAAGUGAGAAAAAUUAAACUGGCUGCGGAAAAGCAGAGGCAGUUUGAGGCUAGAGAGGCAGAAAAACAGAGAAGAGGCAGAAAAAUAGAAGGAGGAAACAGAAAGACAGAGGCUGUUCGAGCUGCAAAAGAUAAAGAGGUUGCAGCAAAGGAGUCUAGUGUUAGUCUCUGGUGAUAAAUUUGACGAGAGUUGGGAAGUUAAAUUGGUCUCUCCAUUUGAUGAGGCAGAGAUUGAUAAAUACUUUCAGCAUUUUGAGAAGAUUGCUCAGAGUUUAAAGUGGGUUGGCCUCUUCUCAUAAAAAGUGUAAUUCAGGGGAAGGCUCAGGAAGCUAUUCUGCUUUGACAAUUGAUGAAGCAGCUGAUUAUGACCUAGUGAAACAGGCUAUGCUCAAAGCUUAUGAGUUGGUCCCAGAAUCAUACAGGCAAACGUUUAGAAAUUUGAGGAAAUCUGUGAACCAGACUUAUAUGGAAUUUGCUUAUGAGAAGUUUGUGUGUGUGACCGCUGGUGCAGAUGUAAAAAUGUGAAUGAUGAUUUAACAGCUUGAAAGAAUUGGUUUUAAUUGCAGAAUUCAAAAGGUGCGUCCCUGAUGACAUAAAGAUGUAUGCCUGUGUUCUGUAUGUUGAAGCACCAAAAAACCCACAGGGUUCUGAACAUUCUAUGGAAGCUUAGUUAAAGUCUGAGGGGUCUGACCGUGUUAAGAAGGGAUUUGAUCAUUUUAUGUCAGAUGGAUUUGUAUUAGUAAAGGAAGGGUGAAGCCCAUUUCCAGUGAAAAUUCUUCGAGAUUAAAAUUCUUUGAGUUACUGGGGCUUCUCAGCCACUUAUAUCAGACAGUGCUCUAAAGUUUGGUGAUGAGACUGACACUGCUGAGGUAAAUCUUAUUAAAGGCAUUGGGGGCGGCAUGGUUUCUGUGCCAUUGCACAAGGUAACUUUACAGUCAGGGUUGGUUUCGGGACCUGUUGAGAUCGGAUUAUGCUCCAGUUUACCGGUGGAAGAUGUUACUUUGCUGUUAGGGAAUGACCUGGCAGAUGGUAAAGUUGUUCCUGCAGUGAAGUUAACAAUUAACCCAACCACUGACGACCCACAGAUGGAUUUUAACAUUUAUCCUUCCUGCACAGGAACUCGAAGUAUGGCUAAAAAGUCUGCUGACGCAGACGAGUUUAUCUCAGAACAGAACCAAGACCCUGAGAUUGAAGCUUUAAAAGAAACGGCUCUCUCAGAUGAUGAGAUUAAGAAAGUGCCAGUAGGAUAUUAUCUCAAGGAUGGAUUGUUAAUGAGGAAGUGGGCCACCUGCUACACCAGCGAGUGAGGAAUGGGUAAGUGUUCACCAAGUUGUAGAUCAUGAAGUUUAUAGGGCUGAAAUUUUAACUUUGACCCACCGUCUACCCUCAGGUGGCCAUUCUGGAGUGAAUAAAACUGUAAACAGGAUUAUGAAAUAAUUCUACUGGCCUAAUCUGAGGAAAGAUGUGACCUUUUGCAGAACCUGUCACAUUGGUCAAGUUGUGGGUAAACCUAAUCAGGUCUUCACAGUGCCCCACUGCAGUCUAUAUAUAACUGCAUUUGGUAAACCCUUUUCCAAAGUUAUAGUGGAUUGUGUUGGCCCAUUGCCAAAGACUAAAGCUGGCCAUCAUUAUCUGCUGACUAUUAUGUAUACUGCAUUCAGAUUCCCAGAGGCAAUACCUCUCAGAAAUAUUAAAGCUAAAAUUGUGGUGAAGGCUCUUACCAAUUUUCUUAUUUUAGUUGUUUUGCCUAAAGAAAUCCAGUCUCAUUAAGGAAACAAUUUUACAUCUGGAUUAUUCCAGCAGGUAGUUUAUGAACUGGGAGCUUAAAAAAUUACAUUGUCUCGUACCAUCCAGAAUUACAAUGGGUUCUAGAAAAAUUUCAUUAAACCCUCAAAACAAUGAUUACGACAUAAUGUGUUGCACACCAUCUCUCUCUCUCUCUCUCACUCCAUUCUUUGUAAAGGCUUGAAAAAUACAUCAUCUGACGCACGCACGCACAAGCCGAAAAAAAGACAUACUGUGUUGAAAAUGGAAAAGUCUGGGAUGAAGGAACAUAUUUGCUCUUGUUCGCAGUAAGAGAAUUGGUACAGGAAUCACUGGGUUUUAGUCAAUUUGAAUUUGUAUUUGGUCAUCGAGUGAGGGGACGUUUGUUCUUGUUAAAUGGAACAGUGGAUUGAUGCGGAUGUGCAUGUUAACCUGUUAGACUAAGUUUUGAAGUUCAACAGUGAACUACGUCAGGCCUGUAGUCUAGCGAGAUAAAGCUUAAAGAUUUCUCCAAACAAAAUAAAGUGUUGGUUUGCUAAGCGGGUUUACGAAAGAAAAUAACAGGUGGGGGAUAAGGUGCUGACUUUAUCUCCAAUGUUGACAAAUCCACUUCAGGCAAAACUCAAUGGACCGUGUGAAAUAGUCGCUCAAAUUAAUAAGGUGAAUUAUGUUAUCAAAGCACCCGACUGACGUAAACUUAACAGGUGGUACAGAUAAAUAUAAUAAAGCCUUAUUUUGACAAGCAGGCACCAUCUGUGAGUGUUGUUGUCAAAACAUAUGAAUCUGGCAAACCUGAGAAUGAAACAAUCGACUCGUCUGAGACUUUUUACAAGCCAAACAUUGUCCAAGUUAGGCUAAUGAACUCGGUUGUUCUAGAAAAUAUUGAUAACAGGUUGGCUCAUCUGCAGCCAAAGCAACAACAAUAGCUGAAUGAAUUAAUUCUGAAGGUUAAAGAUGUAUUUCCCGAUGUUCCCAAGCAGACCACAGUCGCAGUACAUGAUGUAGAGAUUGGUCAAGACAAACCGAUUAAACAACACCCAUAUUCACGAACGUAGAGAACUGUAAAUAGGCUGAGCAGGAAAUUGAAAAUAUGCUGGAAAAUGGUAUUAUUAAUCCUUCAGCAUCAGAUUGGAGUUCACCCUGCGUUAUUGUGCCCAAACCUGAUGGUAGUGUUCGAUUUUGCACUGAUUAUAGGAAGGCAAAUGCAGUAACGAAAACAGAUGCCUAUCCUGUCCCUAGGGUGGAUGAUUGCAUCAAUAAGGUUGGAAAAACUGAAUUUCUUACAAAGUUUGAUCUGUUGACAGGGUAUUGGUGUGUUCCAUUGAUGGAGAGAGGUAGAGAAAUUUCUGAGUUUGUAACACCUUCUGGGUUGUAUGAAUACAAUGUCUUGCAGUUUGGAAUGAGAACUGGUCCAGGAACAUUCCGGAGAAUGAAUGACUCUGUAAUUCAUGGGUUGGAACACACAGAUGCCUUUAUUGAUGACUUAGGCACAGGGAGUGACACUUGGGAAGAGCAUAUCUCUGCAGUAGAAAAGCUGUUUGACAGGCUUUCCCAGGCCAGCCUUACAGGUAACUUGGCUAAGAGUGAAUUUGGGCAUGCCAUUGUGACCUGUCUUGGCUAUGAUGUAGGUCAAAGCAAGUUGGCUCCUGUUCGGGCAAAAGUCCAGGCAAUUUCUCAAGUUCCUAUUCUGACUGGUAAGAAGGCUCUUAGGAGGUUUCUGGGAAUGGAUGGAUAUUAUCGUAAGUUCUGUAAAAACUGCUGCUAUCGCUCUUCCUCUGACUAAUCUCCUGAAGAAGGGUGAAAAGUUUGUUUGGACCGAGCCUUGUCAGGAGGCAUUUGGUCGAUUUUAAGUUAUUAUGUGAGAUUAGGCCAAUCAAUGUAGUGCUGUCAGCAAAUUUAAUUAGCCGAUUGGAGCUGUGGGUGGCAACACAAGUCAUGGGUGCACAGAAAGUAAAAGAGAGGGACAAAGAGACAACCCUGUGGGUUAUGUGUGCUGAGGGUCAGAGAGACAGAGGAGAUGGAGCCCACUCUUACUACCUGCCGGUGACCUGACAGGAAGUCCAGGAUCCAGCCACACAAGGCAGGGUGAAGGCCGAGGUCUCUGAGCUCCUUGUCGAUACUUCACGCCUUUGUAUGGCUACUGCUCUGCCCAUGACUGCAAGGAACUGCAGAGAACUUUGGAGAGCAGAGAACAUCAGAGAAACAAGCCUCCCCUCCAUGGACUCUCCCUACACUUCCCCUCCCUCAGAAAAGCAGGCCAUGUACACAAAGAAGCUCAUAACCUGGACAUUGUUGCUGCAAACCCGCUCCCACAUUGGCGGAGAGAUACAAAAGCCUUAAAGUGCAUAACACCAGGCUGAAGGAUGGCUUCCUGUCUGCAGUUAUAAGCCAAAUGAAUGAUAAAAUGGACUCGACCACACAAUGUUACUCGACGUGACCCUGCACCAUAUGUCUAUCUGCACUGCACUUUCUCUGCAGCCAUAAUGCGUUGUUACAGUUAUUGUUUUUAUCGUAUAUCAGCUCGAUGUACCGUUGUAAUGUAUCGAUCUGUGUGGAUGGUACAUCAGGCAAAAUUUUCACUGUAUCUCUGUACAUGAUGAUAAUAAAUAAAUUUCCAUAUUUUAAUUGUGUGGAAAUAUUAGACAGACUGAGCUUCUGCUCUGGAAGCUCAGAAGGAAACUGAACUGUUGUCAUUUCUGUGGAAAGCAAAUAUAUGGAAAAGGCAUCAAUCUCACAUUACGAUCUGCGGUAACUGGGAUCAGCUGACCGGUGGUGGGUCCCCCAUAUCAAUAUCAGAAUCAGGUUUAAUAGCACCGACAUGUGUCAUGAAAUUCGUUGUCUCUGCGACAGCAGUAGAACCUAAUUCUUAACAAAAGAUUUUAACAAUUGAGA